AUGGCCGCGGCACAGGUGGCUUAUGUGACAAUAGUUCGACUUACGAUAUGUUCAGACAAUCAUAUGAGCCAGUCAUGUCUAAUUGAGAUAAACAAGAGCAUUAGUGAGCUACGCCGAUAUCUAUCCUGUGUGGUUUGCUGUCGGCUGCUCACUGAUCCUUAUGAGCCGAAAGGACCUCAAUGUGGCCAUUAUGUGUGCCGUUUAUGCGUUCGUGGAGACAAACGUCUAGUUCCGGAAUGCCCGAUAUGCCGCAACUGUUCCGGCUUCACGAACUAUGAGGAGAAUCGUGUUGUAACAUUGCUUCUGCUAUGCUACAAGUCGAUAUGUAUCUACAUGAUGUUGGAUAAAAUAUUUCCCAAACUAGAGGGUUAUAUGACAGUUCCCCAUACGGAUUCGGAUAUUCCGGCCGCGAUAUUGCCAACGAUGACCAUUCAUGAUGUUAUUAAUGAGGGCUCUAAAUAUGAUGACAUAAUGUAUACAUUCCUAUACGAAUCAGAUAUGCCAUUCUUUCGCGAUAAGACAGGCAAAGAAUUGCAAUCACCUUUGCGAGAGAUAUCAGCAUCGGUCACAGCCAGAAAUAUGGGCAGAAUAUCCUUACCAUUAAUGCCCCCAAUUGAAUAUUUACCGCCGGAGCAACAGGUCGCCUAUAACAGAGCCAUUCGUAUUGUAGCGUCUACCGCUGAGUACGUAAGACGGCAACGCUUUGAAAAUCUGUACAGCAAUUGCAAAGGCUUCGCAUCUAUACCUGGAGCAAACUUCUUCCAGCUAUUUUCAGCCAGAGAUCCUGGCCAGUGGGCUCAGGCUGUCAUAAAACAGCAGCAAACAGCUGACAUGUUAAAAGUUCGGGAUCAGGCUAUGAUUGAACCGAAUGAAACAUCGUUGGAUUCUUCAAUAAACCAAGAACCUAAUGCCAAAAUGGAAAACCACGAGCCGAUGCAGGUUUCCGGUCAAGUAGAAAAAGUUGAUACAAUAGUGGAUGCACAGAUAGAGAUGAAGAGUCAGACAACAAAUGUCAAUGCUGAGGAUUUAUUGGGCUCUAGCCAAACUAAAAAGUCAGUUGUAACUGUGAAGGCAAUGGUUCCUAACCAAAAGUGUAAAUCCAAUGACUCUUUAAUUGCUCAGGAGAAUAACAAAAAUCAGAAAGCAAAUCCAGUCAAGCAAACAGAGACAGUUGUCCAGGCUCCUCCCAGCCGUAAGAGAAAAUCCAAUGAAACCGUAGUUUCAGUGAAAGAUAAAAGAAAUUCUACUGAUAUUCCUUUGCGUAGUCAAAAACCUAUUAUUGUGUCAUAUAUUCAGGUAAAACCCCCAGAUAAACCUGUCGACGAUGUUUCUAAGCCAACCGUCAGCAAUCAGAAACAGCGUAAAGUUUGCGGAUGCGGCCAGAAAGUCGGCCAAAAGAAACGUAAUGUAUGCCGCAGCAAUCGUUGUUAUUGCUAUAGUAAUGGCUAUAGCUGUUCCGAUUGCAAUUGCCAGGGUUGUAAGAAUCCCCUUAAGUCAGACAUCAACCCAGAUGAGAAGAAGGAGGAAAACCUACCCAUGGAUGGUAAUUUAGGCGCAGAAAAGCCGUCACCAAAAAUAACUCCCACUGUGGAUUCUAAGUCAUCCUUUGAAAGCAUAAUUCUGGUGGCCAUCAGUAAUCCCGAAGAGUCGGAACAUCCUCUUGUACUUGUUGAAAACGAAAAUAAGGAAAUGCAAUGUUUCAACGUUUUCAAGAACAAUGUUGCCAUUGAUCCCAUCGAGGUUGGUUUCCAUCGCGUACAAUUGCACACCAACGAUCCCAAAUAUAAAGCCAUACCCAAAUAUGCAUAUAUGGCAUUUCCACCACAAAAUACCAUUGACGAGUCGUCGUUGUUGUCACCUUUGAGUCCACUCUUGGAGUCAUCACACCCUGUGAUCCAAAAUUAA